AUGGCUGAGAGCAAGUGUCCCGCUCACCAGCAUGUGUUGAAGGCCAACGUCGGCGGUGCUGGUACCAGCAACCAAGAUUGGUGGCCAGACCGCUUGAAGCUUAACAUCCUCCGCCAAAACAACCCCGUCUCCAACCCUCUGGGCGAGGAAUUUGACUAUGCCGCCGCCUUCAACAGCCUAGAUUACUUUGCGCUCAAGAAGGAUAUUCAAGAUCUGAUGACUGACUCCCAGGACUGGUGGCCGGCUGACUUUGGCCACUAUGGUGGUCUCUUUAUUCGUAUGGCCUGGCAUAGUGCCGGUACCUACCGAGUCGCCGACGGUCGAGGCGGCGGUGGCGGCGGCCAACAGCGCUUUGCUCCUCUCAACAGCUGGCCCGACAAUGUCGGUCUCGACAAGGCCCGCCGUUUGUUGUGGCCCAUCAAGCAGAAAUACGGAAACAAGAUCUCGUGGGCGGAUCUCCUAUUGCUCACUGGUAACGUCGCCCUUGAGUCCAUGGGUUUCAAGACCUUUGGUUUCUCUGGCGGUCGUGCCGACACAUGGGAAGUGGAUGAGUCAGCCAACUGGGGAGGGGAAACCACCUGGCUAGGCAAUGACGUCCGCUACUCCGGCGGUAAGGCUGAUCACAAGGAUAUCCACAACCGUGACUUGGACAAGCCACUGGCCGCUGCCCACAUGGGUUUGAUCUAUGUCAACCCCGAAGGUCCUGAUGGAAACCCCGACCCCAUCGCCGCUGCCAAAGAUAUUCGCACCACCUUCGGUCGUAUGGCCAUGAACGACGAGGAGACGGUUGCCCUUAUUGCCGGCGGUCACACCUUCGGUAAGACACACGGUGCUGGCCCAGCAGACAAGCUCGGCCCGGAACCAGAGGCUGCAGACAUGGCACAACAGGGUUUAGGCUGGACCAAUAGCUUCAAAAGCGGCAAGGGUCCUGAUACCACAACCAGCGGUCUCGAAGUUACCUGGACCAAGACUCCUACUAAAUGGAGUAACCAAUUCUUGGAGUACCUCUUCCGCUACGACUGGGAACUCACUAAGAGUCCUGCCGGCGCCCACCAGUGGGUCGCCAAAAAUGCAGAGGCUUUCAUCCCCGAUGCAUUUGACCCAUCCAAGAAGCGCAAGCCAAUGAUGCUCACGACCGAUCUUUCCCUUCGCUAUGACCCUAUCUACGAGAAGAUCUCUCGUCGCUUCUUGGAGCACCCUGACCAGUUUGCUGAUGCGUUUGCCCGUGCCUGGUUCAAGUUACUUCACCGUGACCUUGGCCCACGAGCUCUCUACAUUGGUCCCGAAGUGCCUGCAGAGGUUCUACCCUGGCAGGAUCCCGUUCCCGCUGUCGACCACCCCCUCAUUAGCAAUGAAGACGCGUCGGCUUUGAAACAGCGCAUUUUGGCCUCGGGUGUCAAACCAUCCAGCUUGAUUUCCACUGCUUGGGCAUCCGCUUCUACGUUCAGAGGUAGCGACAAGCGCGGCGGUGCCAAUGGUGCUCGCAUCCGCCUGUCUCCUCAGCGUGAGUGGGCAGUUAACAACCAACCCUGGUUGCGCGAGACCCUUUCUGUGCUUGAAGCCAUACAGAAACAAUUCAAUACCUCCCAGUCUGGAGGCAAGAAGGUGUCUAUUGCAGACUUGAUUGUUCUCGCUGGUGUCGCCGCUGUUGAGAAGGCUGCUCGCGACGCCGGAUACGCCGUCACAGUACCCUUCACUCCCGGUCGCACAGAUGCUUCCCAAGAGCAGACUGACGUCCAAUCCUUCAGCGACAUGGAGCCCAUUGCUGAUGGUUUCCGUAACUACGGCUCAUCCACCUCUCGCGUUCGUGCUGAGGAGUGGCUCAUCGAUAAGGCACAGCUUUUGACCCUCAGUGCACCCGAGUUGGCCGUUCUCAUCGGCGGUCUCCGUGUCCUCAACACAAACUACGACGGCUCUGCUCACGGUGUCUUCACCCAGCGCCCAGGCAAGUUGACCAACGACUUCUUCGUCAACCUCUUGGACAUGAACACCGCAUGGAAAUCAAUUGGUGGUGUCGACCUCUACGAGGGCACAGAUCGCAAGACUGGCGCCAAGAAAUGGACUGCUACUCGUAACGAUCUCGUCUUUGGCUCCAACGCUGAGUUGCGUGCUAUUGCUGAGGUGUACGGUAGCUCUGAUGGCCAGGAGAAGUUCGUCAAGGACUUUGUGGCUGCUUGGGACAAGGUCAUGAACUUGGAUCGAUUCGACUUGAAGAAGAAGCAAUCCACUUCCAGUCACCGCCUUUAA